GGGGGCGUGCCCAGCCUCGCUCACGGCCUGCCUCUCCGCAACGCAGGAGGGUUUGCUCGCGCAUGCGCACCAGGGAGGAGACGCAGGGGACGCCGGGAGCAGUUCUCCUUGUGCCGUGUGUGAGAGAGUCCCCAGGACACCUACCUAUGAAUGAAAUUGCUGGAUUGAAAGGAAUUUCUUCACAUGGCUUCCGAAGAUGUGACCAUUACGGUUCGCCUCAUUCGUUCAUUUGAGCAUCGCAAUUUCAGACCUGUGGUAUAUUAUGGAGUUCAUUUGGACCAAACUGUAAAGGAAUUUAUAGUAUUUCUAAAGCAAGAUAUCCCUUUGAGGACCAGCCUGCCACCACCAUUCAGAAACUAUAAAUAUGAUAAACUAAAGAUUGUGCAUCAACCACAUAAAUCAAAGACGAAUGAACUUGUGUUGAGUUUGGAAGAUGAUGACAGCCUCCUGUUAAAAGAAGACAGCACCCUGAAAGCAGCUGGAAUCGCCAAUGAAACUGAAAUUGCAUUCUUCUGUGAAGACGACUAUAAGAACUACAAAGCUAAUCCCCUUUCAUCCUGGUGAAAACUUCACAGGACUUCCUUUUUGCAUACUUGUAUUAAGCUCUUUAUUCCACUAGUGAGUUUUUUAAAUUGACAAAUAAACUUAAAAAAAAUUAAUCCCAUCUCUGCCAUUUGA